UCGUCGCCACCUGUUCGGCCGGAGUCAGAUCGCGCGCGCGCGCCGUCCUCCUCAAUGGCGCCGCCGCGGCGGCAUGGACACGCGGCCGCCGCCGCCGCUCUCCCUUUGCUCAUUCUCCUUCUCCUGCUCCUCCUUCCGCCGUUCGCCGCCGCGAUCGGCGUCAACUACGGCACCAAGGGGGACAACCUGCCGCCGCCGGCCACCGUGGCGGCGUUCCUCGCGAACCGCACCCGCAUCGACCGCGUGAAGCUGUUCGACACGAACCCGGACAUCGUCAAGGCGUUCGCCGGCACCGGCAUCACGGUGAUGGUCACCGCCGGCAACGGGGACAUCCCCACGCUCGGCACCAAGGACGGCGCCGCCGCGUGGGUCGCGGCCAACAUCGCGCCGUACUACCCCGCCACGGACAUCUCCCUCGUGGCCGUCGGCAACGAGAUCAUCAACACGGCGGACAACGGCCUCAUCUCCGGCCUCGUCCCUGCCAUGCGCACCCUCAGGGCGGCGCUCGUCGCCGCCGGCUACCGGCGGAUCCGCGUCUCGACGCCGCACUCCCUCGGCAUCCUGGCCGUCUCCGCGCCGCCGUCGGCGAGCCGGUUCCUCGACGUCCUCGAUCGCGCCAUGUUCGCGCCGAUGCUCGAGUUCCUCCGCAAGACGCGGUCGCCGUUCAUCGUCAACCCGUACCCCUACUUCGGCUACAACGGCGACACGAUCCCGUACGCGCUGGCGCGGCGGCCCAACCCCGGCGUGCUCGACCCCGGCACGGGCAUCACGUACACGAGCAUGUUCGAGGCGCAGCUCGACUCGGUGUUCUCGGCGAUGAAGAAGCUCGGGUUCGGGGACGUGGAGAUCGCGGUGGGGGAGACCGGGUGGCCGACCAAGGCGGAGGACGGGCAGGCCGGCGUGAGCGUCGCCGAGGCGGCGGAGUACAACCGCUACCUCAUCGGAGAGGCCAGCUCCGGGUCCGGGACGCCGCUCAUGCCGAAGCGGACGUUCGAGACGUACAUCUUCGCGCUCUUCAACGAGAACCUCAAGCCCGGCCCCAUCGCCGAGCGCAACUUCGGCCUCUUCAAGCCGGACCUCACGCCGGUGUACGACGUCGGCCUCAUGAAAGACCCGGUGAAGGUGGCGGCGGCGCCGGGGCCGACCGCCAAAGCUGCAGCGCCGGGGAAGGCCGUCAAUGCCAGCGCCACCGCCGUGACGGAGCAUGACUCGGAGGCCGCCGCCGCGCCGGCCGCGGAGGCGAAAGCGCCCGCGCCGUCGUCGGGGGACAAGGCCUCAGGGAAGGGCGCCUCCGCCGCGCCGGCACCGUCGGACGACGGCGCAUCAUCCGGCGGCGCAGCAGCCUCCCCGGAGCCAUCGGAGGGCGAGCCGGCCGACGAGAAGAAGCCGGAGGAGGAAGAAGGGGAUGCGACGACGACGCCGGCGGGCGACGGGGGCUCGCCGGAGACGGCAGCCAAGGGUGAUGGUGGCAAGGAGAGUGAGGGAAAGAACAGCCCCCAUGGCCAUGGAGGUCCUUCAGAUGCCCCCAGCAUAGUGCUCUCUGUAUCAUCCAUGCUUACAAUUGCUCUGUCUAUAACUGUUCUUCAUCUCUAACUUCUCAACUCAUGGUGUAACAAUACUAACAUUUGUUUUCACCACUGCUUAUCUAAUUGUCUCAUCUAGGUCUUUUUUUUCUUCUAUUGUCUAACAUAAUAAAUGGUUAAUUGAACAAAUUUUAAAUAGA